AUGACCCUGCCGUUUUUAUUCCAGCCCACCUUUACACAGGGUCUCAUAAUCGGCCAGCUUUCUAUUCUCGUCCUUCUGGGUAUGAUUCUUAAAUACCUCUUUCUCGAAUCCUCCCAGGAUCCACUUCGGACAGCUUCAUACCAUCAACAGGUCGAUAAAGACGCGUUCGCUAGGCAGCGUAACUUCCAGGCGCGUAAAACGGCUCCAGAUCACGAUCCUGAUGCCUCGGAGACCACUGAAUGGUUCAAUACAAUACUUCAACAGGUCGUUGCCGUUUACCGUUCUAAGCUGCGUGAUGAUGUCGAAGGCAUAGAGGGAGACGAAAUUGCUCGAAAACGUAUAGAAGCCUAUGCAAACUCUGUUCGGCCCGUGGGCUUCGUGGAUCAUAUAACCAUUCACUCAGUAAAUCUAGGCUCGUCUGCUCCCUCGCUAUAUAACGCGCGUAUUCAUCGCGUACAAGACAACCCGCCCACACAGGAAAUAGAAUUUGACGCUUCAUAUACUGACACAAUAUCUCUAUCCCUGUCAACGACAUAUCUUUUUAAUUAUCCAACAGCCUCUUUUGCUAGGCUACCCAUCUCUCUUACUAUAUCUUUAUCCCAAUUCAAAUCUUCAAUAUGUGUCAGACCUCCUUCCACGACCGAUAGCGCGCCUGCUUUCACUCUGAUGAUAUCUCCUAACUUCAUUCUCGACUUGACGACAACUUCUCUUAUGGGUAGUCGCGCCAAGCUAGCUAAUGUACCAAAACUUCACGAACUUAUACAACAUCAGGUCAGGCGGGUCCUUGCAGCGCGUGCGUCAUGGAAAUUUUCUUUACCGGGGUUCUCCAAAGUCACAGAUGAGGAAAAAAUGGCGGAGACGCCAUAG